AUGUUGGCUGAGGAUGAAUUUCUGAGAUCGCCACCAAGGAAGACGGUCAGAUUCGGUGGUACUUUGGCAGAGAUUCUACUGAAGUAUCAACAGGGCAAAACCACUGAGUUUGAUUUGCUGAAGCAUCAGCUGUUGGAUCCAGACAUAAAAGAUGACCAGAUUAUUAACUGGCUCUCUGAAUUCCGGUCUUCUGUUACGUUUUUGACCAAGGAGUUUGAACAACUAAUUUCCAUCCUGUUGAAAGUGCCCUGGUUGAGGAGAAGUCAGCCUGUGGUGGAAGAGUAUCUAGCUUUCCUGAGUAACUUAGUGUCUGCUCAGACAAUCUAUCUUAGGCCAUGCCUGGCGAUGAUCGUCUCACACUUUGUGCCACCCCGAAUAACCAUCCGGGAAAAUGACGUGGACAUCUCUGAUUCAGACGACGAUGAAAAUGUUGUCGAGAGCUUCACCACCUGCCACAGAGCUUUACAGACAAUUGUGAAAUAUGUCCCUUUGACACCACAAUUUCUGAUGCCAGUGCUGGCUGAAAAAUUUCCCUUUAUUAAUAAAUCAGAAAGAACUUUACAAUGUUACCUCCAUAAUAUACUGCGAAUAAGCGUAUAUAUCCCAGCAUUGAGGCAUGACAUUUUGGAGCUGGUUGUUGAGAAGCUGCUAAAAAUAGAUGUAAGUGCUCCAAGAAAAGAUAUUGAAGCUGCCGAAGAAGAUGAAGAGGGAAACAGUGAGAAAGGACUCUUCAAUAUGGAUGAAGAUGGAGAGAAUCUGGAGAAGAGUGACAUCAUGGCUCACCCCAUUGCGGAACGCCUUGACAUCUUGAUGAGUGUGAUGUUUUCCUACAUUAAAGAUGUGUGCUACGUUAAUGGGAAAAUUGAGGUUGGCAACACCAAAGACUUAUACCGAGAUCUGGUGGCUGUAUUUGAUAAGCUGAUUUUAACAACCCAUGGAUCGUGUCACGUGCAGUUCAUCAUGUUCUAUCUCUCUAGUUUCAGACUGGUAAUCGCAGAAGCUUUCGUGGAACAUCUCUGGAAAAAGCUACAGAACCCAAAUGUUCCCGCUGUCAUCCGGCAAACCACCGGGAACUACAUUGGCAGCUUUUUGGCACGGGCCAAUUUUAUUCCCAUUGUGACAGUGAAAGCCUGCCUAGAUCUCCUGGUCAGCUGGCUGCACACCUACAUCGACAACCAGGGCACAGGGUCCCGAGCAUUUUGCGACGUUGCACUCCAUGGUCCGUUCUACGCAGCCUGCCAGGCUGUGUUCUACAUAGUCAUCUUUCGCCACAAGCAGAUCCUGGAUGGAAACCUCAAGAAAGGUUUGGCCUACCUACAACACUUAAACUUUGAGCGCAUUGUUCUGUGUCAGCUAAAUCCCCUGAAGGUCUGUCUGCCAACCAUUGUGAGUCUCUUUGCGGCCCUUACCAGGAAGUACCAGGUGGCCUUCUGUGACACCAUCAUUGAGAGAAACCGGAGACAAAUAUUGCCAGUUGUCCGAAGCAGCUGUGGGGGAGAGUCUGUUGAGACAGUCACAAACCCCCUUGACAGUUUUUUCCCGUUCGAUCCUUACAUCCUUAAAAGGUCAAAGAACACAAUCAAUCCUUUGUAUCAGUUUUGGGAAGAGCAGAGUGCCGAGGACCUCAAAGAGACCGCAGAACCCACCACUGAGGGCAAAGGGGAAGAGGAGGACGAUUUCUUGAGGGGGGAAACUCCUCAGAACGAUGGCCUGAUCAGCGUGACGCCAAGCUCCUUCAACGCUCUUGUUCAGAAUUCAGAAGCCAACCUCGGAUCGCCCCCAGUUGAACUGCAGUUGCACCUCUGAUCUUUUGACAACCACAGUUAGCGAUGACAUUUAUAUUUGAGAGACCCUCGGCAGGAGGUUUCUAAAUUCCUCAUUUAUUGGCAAUAAUUCAGAGAUCAAAACUGAACGUUUGCCUCCCGGACAGGAUGAUACGUUAAACUUUUUGUACUUAUUUACUGCAAAAAGCCUUUCACAUUCAUUUUUGUUUUUCUUUUGUAUUUUCCUGUUUUAGGGCAGAUCCCCUAAGAUUAAACACAGGAUUGUGAUGCAGAGAAUGAUAGCGUAUGGAUUAAAAAGGCCCCCCAAAAUGCUACAGUUUCCAAAGCAAACUUGCUAAUCAGAACACAGAGAUCUGCUUCUUUGGGUUAAAAAAAAAAAAGAGGCCUACUUUGAAGAGAGCUUUUACAAGAUUCCUCCUUAAUCCGAGAACAAUGAUAAGAGUGUCGAAAGUUAUGCCAAAACAAUUUGAGAGCUUCAUAUUCACGGAAGUUGCAUAAAAUGAGACUUGUGCUUAUUCUGAUUUCGUUGCUGAAGUUGCCUAUGUCAGAAGGACAGGAGAGUACCUGCUUUGCUUUGUAUACAAACAUACUGGCAGGACAACUGACCACCAAAACCAUCAUCCAGUGGUCCGUGCCACUGAACAGAAAAGAAGUCAGCCAGCUGAAGUAUUUAGCCAGCCAUGUGGCACACCACUAAAACCUUGCUGUUAUCCCACAGCUGCUACCAGGAGUGAUACUCCCUCAGCUUAGAGCCAGCCCUAACUCUGUUGUUUAGCCUACCGACUCUAAAGUUUUAGCUUCAGUAGUGUGUGUGGUUUGUCGUGAAAAAAAAUCACAGAAAGAGGACUUGCCAAGAUUGAAAUAUCGAUAGACAGCCUGUUCGCCCGUUCCGCCAAAUUCCAGCAAUUCAGAUUUCAAAUGAUGGCUUUUGGGAGCUGUUUUCCGGCAUUAUGGAAGUAUAUCUCCAAAGACAGGUAACGAUGUAGUUCCCAAACACUGGCUUGCAAGCCCCUAGAUGGGACAGAAGUAAAUCUGAGGCAGGAGGGAGACACAAAUUGCUAAGCAGAAUAUUUUUAAGAUCUCACUCAUACUUUGUCUAGAUAAGCUGAUAAUAACUGGGCACGGAGUAAAGUGGCAGCUUUGUACCCAAAGCUGGAUCACUGUCUUCAGAUUGCAACUCCCAUUCUGCCUGGGCAGACCAAAAAGCAAAAUGUACAAUUUCUGCUAUUUAAAAAAAAAAAUAGACCAAUGUGGAGCAUGAAGCAAGAGUGGUCAUCUCAAAAAAGGAAACCUACAUCUCGGGAAUCAUGCAAGCAAAUAAUGCUUUUCAUUAAAAUAAAUAAAUUAAGGUUUUGUUUCAUUUCUAAUGAAAAUGUUUCAUUUGACAAAGCUUGAAGAUUAUGUCAUUAUAGAGAUUAAACAUUA